CCAGUGUGGACACUGCUGGUCAGAGUGAGGAACAAAAUGGCUGAGGCACAGCCUCUUGUGGCAGAUGGCAAUCAGAAGCUAUUUCCCUGUGAAGUCUGUGGGAGAUGCUUCGCAGCAGAUGUUCUGGAAAGACAUGGACCAAUAUGUAAAAAACUAUUCAACAAAAAACGCAAGCCCUUUAAUUCCUUGAAGCAAAGAUUACAGGGGACUGACAUUCCCACCGUGAGUAAACUUCCACAGUCCAAGGUUCAGCCUGUGAGGAAAUCCAACUGGAGACAGCAGCAUGAGGACUUCAUUAAUGCUAUUCGAUCUGCAAAACAAUGCACUCUAGCCAUUAAAGAGGGCAGGCCCCUUCCACCUCCUCCCCCGCCAACCAUCAACCCAGAUUAUAUUCAGUGCCCAUAUUGUAUGAGGAGGUUUAAUGAAACUGCUGCCCAGCGACACAUUAAUUUCUGCAAAGAGCAAUCCUCUCGGCGCGUCUUUGACCCAGCCCAAACAGCAGCCAGACUGGCAUCCAGAGCUCAGGGUAAAUCCCAGGCAAGUCCCAAAAAGCAACCAACUGUUACCAGCGCUGUGGGAAGCCUGCUGCAGAGCAGGACUGUGGAGCCCAAGAAUGAAGUCACAGCCUAUCCAAGACUAGCUACAGAUCCUGCUUAUGGAGGAAAGCUCAGACCUGGAUUUAAUGAAUCAUCUAAAAAAAAUUAACUCCUAGAGGCCAAACUGGCUUCCUGUACCUCGGUGGCCUGGAUGGUCAGGCACCCAGAAACACCUACCACAGAAGGCCUGAAAUGUCUGUUCUCCUCUGGCAUCGUCAAAAGUUAUUAAAUUUAUCAGCCUAUAUCAUAAUGUCUGGUUUAAAGACCCAAAGAUUUGCCUGAAGUGUCCUUAAAGCAUUAAAGAACAAAAAUAUGGUUUUGAUAUUUA